CUAGAACGGCCGUUUUCGACAACAUGUAAACCGACGAUCUCUAGCUUCCCGUCUACUCACGUCACCCCCAACCGACACGACACACGAUGCACCACCGCCGGCUCCUCCAUCUGCGCAGCAUGUCCACCUUCGCGAUAAACUUCACACCCAAGGCGACGCCCGUGACGCGGUCGACAGCUUACACGCUGCUGACCUCAUCUCCGGCAUGGACGCUCUCCCGCGCCGGCACCGGCCUCGAAAAGACCUACCGCUUCCCAUCGUUCCCGCAGGCGAUGGAGUUUGUCAAUGCCGUGGCCGCGGAAAGCGAGCGGCGGAAGCAUCAUCCCGAGUGGGCUAAUGUCUAUGAUAUCGUCAAGAUCCGCUGGACAACCCAUCGGCCCGUGGGUUUGGGUGGGAACGAUGUGGCCAUGGCAGAGUUCUGUGAUCAGGAGGCGGAGAGGGCGGGUGCGGUCGCGGUGCCGGUGGCGGCAGAGCGUGGGGACAAUGCCGCGCAGGAGCAGGAGGAAAAGGGUCUGCUGGAUGGACUCGUGGAGGGGGAGGCUUGCGGAGCUUGUGCAAGGAAGUCGGCGUGAAUUGAUAUACGAGCCGGAGGAUCGCGUACUAGGUACAGCGUGUGGGAGAACGCCGUCGUGAUACUUCUGUUUCU